AUGUCGGCCUUUGCGGACCCUGAGCAGGGACCUGGCGAUGCAGAUGAGGACAAGGACAAGCCGCGGGCGGAGGACAUCAGAAUCGAUUUCGAAUCUGCGGCGGGGAUCCUGGCCUUUGCCUCAUACAAGUUCCACUCCUACAAGGCAGGCGCCAAGUUUGUGAAGCGCGCCAAGGACGAGAUUGUGGCCAAGAGCAAGCUGUUUGGCGUCAGCGGGUCGCUGGAGCAGAGGCUGCUCAAGGCACGGUGCCAGGGCAGCGGCGGCGAGGAGUAUGGUGUGGAGAUAGAGCUGGAGGCCACCAGCGGCCCGCGCCUGGACUGGGCCGAGGUGCACUGCAGCUGCCCCUGGGGCCAGGAGCACGGGCUGUGCAAGCACUCGCUGGCCCUGCUGCUGGCCCGCCUGGACAGAGCAGCCUGGGUGGCGGCAGAGCGCCCAGACCCUCGCGCGGCGGUGGCUGCGGCAGCUUUGGCAAGGGCAGCAGGGCCUGCUGCGGCGCCAGUAGCCGAGGCGGCGCAGGCAGCCGGUGCGCCGGCAGCCGAGGCGGCGCCGGCAGCCGGGGCGCCAGCAGCCGAGGCGGCGCAAGCAGCCAGGGCACCGGCAGCCGAGGCGGUGCCAGCAGCCGGGGCGCCGGCAGCUGGGGCGGCGGGGAGCCAGCCUCGCAAGCGCCGGCUCCCCAACCUGGUGCCUGCCGUGGCACCUGCCACCAAGAAGGCAGAUGCCAAGCCCAAGGCAGCUGCCAAGCCCAAGGCAGAGCCUAAGGCCACUGUGGCGCCGCGCGGCGGCGGCGGUGGCAAGAGCAAGGAAGGCGGCCAGGCGGCUGCGGCAGCUGGUGGAGCAGGCGGGGCAGGGACGUAUGUCGUGUGUCGGAGGAUGAGGGGCGCGGAGCUGCUGCAGGACAGCGAUGAGGAGCUGGUGCGGCAGUGCCACGCAGCGCUGGCCAAGGCUGCAGCAGGUAGGGCGGGCGAGGAGGCGGCCCAGGGAUCCGCCGGGCCCGCAGCCGACACCACACGCGCGCAGCAGCCAGCACCGGCGCCGCCUGUGCCACAACAGGUGCAGGCCGUGCAGAUGCAGCAGGCCGGGGCAGCCCAGGCCGAGCAGCAGCAGGCCGCGGUCCAGGAGAGCCAGCCGCAGGUGGCGGCGGCCCCCGAUGCAGCUGCCGUGCCUCCUCCCGCCCCAGCUGCCCUGCCUGUCCCCUCACUUUUUGGGCUCAUGUUUGGCGACUUGUUUGCGUCGGCGCCGCCCGCUGCGCCCGCUGCCAUGGAUGUGGACGCCACUGCCGCGCUUGGCCCGCCAGCAGCAGCAGCAGCAGCAGCAGCAGACUCUGCGGUGGGCCUGUCUUCCCAACCCUCUGUGUUCGGCCAGCAGCAGGGCCAGGUGCUGGCGACGGGUGCCUCCUUCCCAGCCAACUCUGGCAGCACCCAGCAGUACGAUGUGGCCACGCAGCCUCUAGACGACGUCAUGAUGGGUGGCGGCACCGCCACAGCGGCCGCCCCACAGCAGCAGCCGCAGCCGGCAGCACCACAGCUGACUGAUAGCCAGCAGGGAGAUGCGGGCAUGGGCAGGCUGUCCCUGCGCGAGCGCAUGAGGAUGGGCAGGCCUGGGUGA